CCCCGAGUUAAUCUGUCAGCUACCGCCCGCAGAGUUUGGUCGCCUGGUAGAUCAACUCCAUAUUAUCCGAUAUUAUCCCACUCACUUAAUAAGCCAAAUGGAAAAUAAAAAAAUUAUAGUUGUACUUUCCGUAUGUCUAACAUACGUUUUGGGUUAUAAUUAUGAUUUAAAUUAUGAUCCUUACUUUCCAAAUAAUAAUUUCUGCAAUGAUUUAUCUCCUUAUUACGGAAAUAUAAGUUUGGAUCUUAUCUCCGGAGUUUGGUAUGGAGUCGAAAAAAUACCUCACAAUAAAGGCGAAUACAAAAUAGACUACACUAAGGAGUGUUUCUACAUUGAUAUAAAGGAGGAAAAUGUUCAGCCUACUCCUCCUACGUACCCGCCGCUGGCAUAUCCAUACUUGAGCACAAGCUAUGGGUUCAACCAGCCCGAACAUUACCGGAUGAGGUACUUCGUCGUCGAGUGGCACGAGGGCCUGUUCCGAAGCGAGUACCAUGUCAAAGUUAACACUUCACACAUGGGCUUCUGGAUAUCUAAUGUGCCCAGCACUGCCGUAGAAAAGAUGUACCGUUAUUUUGGAGGAGUAAUUCAGGUGCUAAAGGUAGCCAAUAACCAUUUGGUUCUGAACUUCUGUAAUACGAUGCCCCAUCGAGAGUUCUACAGCGUCGUGUUCUCAAGGAAUGAGAAUCAGCUGACGCCCGAGGACCUGUCCAGCAUCCACAGCAUCUUCACGACCAAACAUCUCUCCACCUCGGCCUUGAAGCGAGUUUGCGACAAUUCAGGGACAAUGCUUCAAUUCUCGGUCCUCAUGUUACUACUGGCCUGUUUGUUAAUAUGGAGGUCUGAUGCAUAGAUAACAGUAAUGGAACUAUAUGUAUUAUAUGUAUUAUAGCACGUAGUUAUGUAAAGCGUGUUCCGAAGUACUAAAAUGACAAAUCUCAUUUACUAUCCGUUCUGCCGAUUGCAAUUAUAAUUUUAGUACAGAACAGACGAAUUGGGUAGAAGGUAUCCGGCAUAAUAUCUUUCGGAAACCUAAAAAAAUAAACUAAACUAAGUGUGCCAGCGAGUGUGUUUAAGGUCUAAUGGUACCUUCAAUCUAAUAGCCCCGUUAUCUAUUAGGCAUAUAGCCAAUAUUAUACUUAUACGGGAAAAAUAUUAAUGACGCAUUACACGUCCAAUUCGUUAAAGAAUUAAAACUAUUUAUAAUUUAUGGGAUUUAUAAGUUAUAUGGAUUAGUUAUAUUGAUAAUUAAACGCAACAGAGUAGGUACCUUUUUAAUUAGACACGUUGUUUUUUUAAAGUCCCUUAAUUUCAAGGGUGCAAGGGUUGCUUCAAUUAAGUAACUUUCUCAAAAAGCCGGUACUUAUACUAAUUCACUUCAUUCUAAAUAUUUUUUACAUAUUAAAGUUUCUACAUCCGCUACUAAUAAACGCGAGUACUUAGGUAUCUCGAACGAUUGAUAUUCAAAAUGUUAUUGAUAAUGUUAUACUAGUUUUCAAUUGUUUGGUGGAUUUAAAUAUUAUGUCCGUGUCACAAAAGUGCUAUUAAUUACUUUUUAUGAAAAAUACAAAAAAUAAAAAAAACUUACAGGUUAGGCACUAAUUAUGCCAAUGUUCUUAAAUGUACUUAAUAGCCAUACCCCGAAAUUAACGGACUUUAAAUAAAAACCGUGUAUGUAACUCCAUCGCUUUGCUUCAAUAUUGUUGUCCCUACAAAACUGUAUCUAUUAAUUGGUCGUUGGAGUUUUAGUGUUUUUUUUUAAUUACUCAAAUGAGGUACAUAAUGCUACAGACAAUUUUUUUACAAUUUGGUAAUAUGAAUUUUCCAUGUAUUUUCAGAUUAUAUUUAUAAUUGUUUAUGAUAAAA